AUGGAUUCUAUUGAUAGGGCAUACUUCAGGGGUAACGAUCUGCGCCCGGUUCGUGGCAUCAUCACUAGAAACUUGAGUCAGUCAAUGGUGGAGAUAACCGAUUUGACAGAUGCAUCUGUCCACCGACGGCACAUCGACCAGAUACAUUUCAGAGACGAACAAACUGUCAGUGUUUCAGAACCCCAUGAAAAAGAGGAUAAUCCUAGCAAUUCCGAACCGCCUGAAUCUGAAGCUACGGUUCCUCAAUGUCAUGAUGUUGAACAAGCAGAUGCAGUGCAGCCGGCAGAAUCGGAAGCCAAAACCAGCGCAACACUAAGAAGAUCACGACGGAAGGCAAGUCAAAUUGAUGAGGCUCUUUUGAGGGAGGAAAGUUGUGGUGAUCGUGUAACGAGUACGCACGCACCGCAGUACGGCUUCCAGGUAACUAAUCAAAAAACGAAAAAACCGACCAGUACUGUGGUCUCAAUUGGCACAAACCGGAUUGGCCGAAUGCAAGAAGGCAAACAAAUAAACCAUGUCGUUGUCGAUUGA